UUGAUAGCCAUCGCUGCUGCUUUCCUUGCGCUCACCAUCACAUUCACAAGUCUACGUUUCUUCGUCAGAGGAUAUAUGAUCCGCGCCUUGGGGUGGGAUGACUGGUUGAUCCUGAUCGCACUCAACAGCUUCGUCUGUCAAGCCGCCUUUCUUGUACACAUUGCGUCGAUGGAGAAAAAACACAAUCUGGAGAUGCCUCUAGCGCUCUCGAACGCCUUGGAGUAUGUCGUUCUCGAGUUCGGCUUCUACAUACUUACCACCUUGGCACUGAAACUCUCGCUGGCCGUGUUCUUCUUGCGAAUCGUGUUGGAAAAGUGGCAGCGCCGAGUCAUCAUCAUCAGCACCGUCAUCUUCUCCGUCUUCACAUUUAGCUUCUUCUUUGUCGCUGUGUUCCAAUGUGGAAAUCCGGCGAAUUACCUUCUCCACAAGGUACAAGGGAAGUGCGUAGCUUGGAGCGUUCUCGGGCCCUUGAACUACAUCCACGGAGUCAUGAACGCUUUGACCGACUGGGUGUUUGUGUCUCUCCCGAUCUUGGUUAUCCGCAAAGCCAAGAUGAGUGCCAGAGACAAGCUGUCCGUGGUAUUUGUGCUUAUCAUCGGCGUUCUUGGCAGUGUGGCAUCGGUCGUUCGCCUCUUUUACAUCGACGCUCUUCAUUCUGGUGAUCAGGAUGCUACGACGUUCUUCAGUAAUGCGUCAAGCAUCGCGAUUGUGUCCACCAUUGAGCCCGGUUUGGGGAUCACAGCAGCAUGCCUUGCUACUCUGAGGCCAAUGUUCAGGUCUCUCCUGGACCGCACCCGCUCCCAAUUAUCGAGUGGUCACGAGAAGAACAAACUAUCCACUGCAGAGCGUGGCAUGCAUUCUUCUACUGGAGUC